AUGGCUGCAGCCAUCGCCAGCUCCCUGAUCCGCCAGAAGAGACAAGCCAGGGAGCGGGAGAAGUCCAAUGCCUGUAAGUGUGUCAACAGCCCCAGCAAGAGCAAGGGAAGCUGCGACAAGAACAAGUUGAAUGUGUUUUCCAGGGUCAAACUCUUUGGCUCCAAGAAAAGGCGAAGAAGGCGACCAGAGCCUCAGCUUAAAGGUAUAGUAACAAAGCUAUACAGCAGGCAAGGAUACCACUUGCAGUUGCAAGCAGAUGGAACAAUUGAUGGAACAAAAGAGGAGGACAGUAGUUAUACUUUGUUUAACCUCAUACCUGUGGGUUUACGAGUGGUGGCGAUUCAGGGGGUUCAAACAAAAUUGUAUCUGGCAAUGAACAGUGAAGGAUACCUAUAUACAUCAGAACAUUUUACACCUGAAUGCAAGUUCAAAGAAUCAGUAUUUGAAAACUACUAUGUGACGUAUUCUUCAAUGAUCUACAGACAGCAACAGUCUGGCCGGGGUUGGUAUUUGGGUCUUAACAAAGAAGGAGAAAUAAUGAAAGGAAACCACGUGAAGAAAAAUAAACCUGCAGCACACUUUCUUCCAAAACCAUUAAAAGUGGCCAUGUACAAAGAGCCUUCUCUCCACGAUCUCACAGAGUUCUCAAGAUCUGGAAGUGGGACCCCAACAAAGAGCAGAAGUGUUUCAGGAGUGCUAAAUGGGGGUAAAUCCAUGAGCCAAAAUGAGUCAACGUAG